AUGGAGGAGGUUGGGGUUGAAAGUUUGUUUAAUUAUGCCAUGAAAGGCCAGUGGAGAGAAGUGUUAGAGGCCUACGAGAACAACCCUCGAGCAUUGGAGGCUAAGAUCACAAAAGCAGAAGACACUGUCUUACACAUUGCUGUCUAUGUGGGCCAAACCAACUUUUUGACAACCCUUCUUGAGAACAUCACUGAAGAUGUGUCUCUUGCGAUUCUAAAUAUGCCAAACUCAAAGGGUUACACUCCUCUACAUGUAGCAGCAGAGCUUGGGAAUGUGGACAUUUGCAAUACUAUAGCCAAAAGAGAUCCCAAACUCAUUUUGUGUCUCAAUUUUGAAGGUGAGACCCCUCUCUUUUUGGCAGCUAUUCAUGGUAAGAAAGAUGCAUUUUUUUGCCUCCAUGGUCACCUACAAAACAAAGAUGACUACUUGCCUUGUAGAAAGAGAAACGGGGACACAAUUCUUCAUUCUACCCUCUCUAAUGAAUACUUUGGUUUGGCACUUCAAAUAAUUCGCUUGUACCCAAACCUUACGGAUUCUGUCAAUGAGGAUGGCUUAUCAGCUCUUCAUAUUCUUGCUAUGAAGCCUAAUUGUUUUAAAAGCAGCACAUGGAUGGUGUUUUUGGAUCGGAUCAUCUAUAAUUGUUUGAUUGUUGAUGAGCUGAAGGAAGAAACAGAAGACCUAAGCGGUAGUAGAGGAGACACACAGAUUUUUAACUAUCCAAUGAACUACGGAACAUGCAUCAGCUUCUUAUAUUUGUUGAAGAAUGCAGUUAAAGUUAUAACAAUAGGCACAAAGGAUAGCAAAACUGCAACUGAUGAUGAAGGAAAUCUCUCACAAUCAUGCUACCUCAAAUGUGAGCAAGAGCGAGCAAGGAAAGAAAAGAAAUCCAAUCGAUUCCCUCCGAAUUGGGAAGUCUUCAUCCGAUUUCUAACCUUUAUGAUGAAGGCCUUGCUAAUCCUUUUCGGUGUUGGAGCAUCUUGGAUAGAGAAAAUUCAACGAAAGAAGGAGAAACACAUGAGGGCUAAGCAAGUGAUGGAUGAAUUGAUUCAGCGAGCUUCUUUGUAUAAGUAUGAUUAUACUGGAAAUAAUUCCCUUGCUUUUCAGCAUGACAAGGGUGGAGAAAAAAUAGAUAGUAAUAUGAACAAAGGAGAUAUUGAUAAAAAAAGGGGAAGGGAAUCACCAAUUUUAAUUGCAGCAAAGAUGGGAGUAACUGAAAUGGUAGAAAAGAUCCUAACUACCUUUCCGGUGGCAAUCCAUGAUGUGAACCAUGAUAACAAGAAUGUUGUUCUUUUGGCCAUAGAGAAUAGACAGCCUCGUGUCUACAACCUGCUGACAAAGAAGAAUUUAGUAAAAGAGCGUGCAUUUCAUCAAAUAGACAAUCAAGGUAACAGUGCAUUGCACCUUGCUGCCACUUGUAGGGAACACAGGCCUUGGCGUGUCCCUGGUGCUGCAAUGCAAAUGCAGUGGGAAUAUAAAUGGUAUAAGCUUGUUAAGAAUUCCAUGCCACCAAAUUUCUAUGCACGUUACAAUAACAAGGGACAAACAGCGAAACAGGUGUUCCUUAAUACUCAUGGACAAGUUGUGAAAGAGGGAAGGAAAUGGCUGGAAAAGACAUCAGAAUCAUGCUCAGUAAUUGCAGCACUUGUUGCAAGUGUUGCAUUCACAACCGCAACAUCAAUACCAGGAGGUAACGAUGAAAAUACUGGUAUGCCAUUGUUGGGUGGACAAGUAGAUUUCAACGUAUUCGCUGUAGCAUCACUUGUUGCACUAUGCUCCUCGGUCACAGCCCUUGUUUUAUUUCUUUCAAUACUCACAUCUCGCUACCAAGAAAAGGAUUUUGCUGUGGAUUUACCAAGAAAGCUUCUUCUGGGAAUGACUUCACUAUGGACAUCUAUAGCAUCUGUGUUGGUUUCUUUCUGUGCAGGGCAUUUCUAUAUCAUUGAAUAUGGAUUGAAAUCUUCUUCAACUUAUCUCAUAUAUGCUCUAACAUGUUUGCCAGUAUCAUUUUUUGUAUUGGUUCAACUCCCUCUUUACUUGGAUCUCAUGUUGGCUUUAUUUCGCAAGGUUCCUCAGCGCAUCUAUAAGGUCUUCUCUCACUAG